AUGUCAGAGCCCACCGCUCCUGCAACAACAAAUGCAUCCGAUGAGACAAAAUAUGCGAAAGGUGAUUGCCGCGCAACCAUUCUUGAUCGGCGGAAACCAAGUGGAGUAUGCGGACCCGAAAAUGCCACAGCGAGUGCCUCAGUCGCUUCUCGCGAUAGUCCACAAUUCCGUAUCAUCAACGAGUUAGGUCAUUCAACGAUGGCUUAA